ACCGACUUGAGACGACUAAAACCGAACGAAGACGAGUCCCAGCACGAGGCACGCCGAGUCCCCACCACGAGCAGCGUUGCCGGCUCAGUCGUUGUGCGGGAGUGGUCACUGAGGGAUGUGUGGUACCGUAACUGAGUGUGACUGAGGAAAAAGACCCGGCGUAGUUUCUCCGCGUAAUACGCUCUCGCUCUUUACCCCCCAGACAAAAAAGAACUAGAAGUCUAGUCAAUUUUCGGGCCCCUUCCUAAUUUCGCGUGAAAUUACGGGAUACGCUGAUCAUAUAUUUAUUUAAAUAUUUAUUGUACAAAAAACUUUAACUAUAGCCAACAGAAUGUCCGUGGACAAAGAAGAAUUGGUACAGCGUGCAAAGCUUGCCGAGCAGGCAGAAAGGUAUGAUGAUAUGGCAGCCGCAAUGAAGGCAGUCACCGAAACGGGAGUCGAGUUAUCGAACGAAGAAAGGAACUUGUUGUCGGUAGCAUACAAGAAUGUCGUUGGCGCAAGACGUAGCUCGUGGCGAGUAAUUUCCUCCAUUGAGCAGAAAACUGAAGGUUCCGAGCGUAAACAGCAAAUGGCCAAGGAAUAUCGGGAAAAGGUCGAGAAGGAGCUACGUGAAAUCUGUUACGAUGUAUUGGGACUCCUUGAUAAGUACCUGAUCCCCAAGGCUAGUAAUGCCGAGAGUAAAGUAUUCUACCUCAAGAUGAAAGGCGACUACUACAGGUAUCUCGCAGAAGUUGCUACCGGAGAAACUAGAAAUGCGGUAGUCGAGGAUUCACAGAAAGCGUAUCAAGAAGCAUUUGACAUUGCAAAGUCAAAAAUGCAACCUACGCAUCCCAUCAGGCUCGGCCUUGCUCUCAACUUCUCCGUUUUUUAUUAUGAAAUUAUUAAUUCUCCCGCUAGAGCCUGUCAUCUUGCCAAACAGGCGUUCGACGAUGCGAUCGCAGAGUUGGACACACUUAACGAGGACAGCUAUAAAGAUUCCACGCUAAUUAUGCAGCUUUUACGCGACAACCUCACUCUUUGGACCAGUGACACGCAGGGUGAUGCGGACGAAGCACAGGAGGGUGGAGAUAACUAACCUUCCUAAGCUUAAGUCCUUUCUAACCUAAUAAGAACAUCUAUUCUCUAUCGUCCCCCCGUCCCUUAAAGUGCUCACCCAUCCAUCCACCCGAGAUCGAUUUAUCCAUUCGCCUGUCCUUUCGUCCCUCGCGUACCUCGUUUCCUUCUUCCUUCUUUUCUUCUUUUCUUCUCCCCUUUCAUCCUUUCCCUCUCUUUUGCCAUUUUUCCCCUCCGUUUCCAUUCCGUUUACCAAUCAUCCCAUUCUAUCUUCAAUUAUCCUCUUAUUUUUCCAUUUUAUUAUCUCAUUUCGUGUUCCUCUUUGUAUUUUCUUUUUUUUUUUCUUUUUUCUUUUUUCUUUCUUACUUCCGCAUUCAUCAAAAAUAUCAUCGUCCUUUUUCGAAUCCUUAUUUCCUUAUUAUCUCCUCGAAAAUCGUGACAUGACCUGUUUGUUCCAAUGCGACCGCACAUUGCUGCCAAUGCCACCGCCACAGCUGUUAUGCCCGAUUCGAAAAUUCGAACACGAGAAAAUCUCGCUCUCGACCGUUACCUUUCCUAAGGAAUCGAUUCAUGUGUUGGUCGCUGAUUAUAAUACCUGCUAUUGCCACUCGUUGAAAAAAAAAAAUUUUGAAUUUGAACAUUCAAGGAGAGUGUCAAUCUUAAAAGAGGGGAACAGGGAGAGGGGGAUUAGAGAGAGAGAGAGAGAGCUUGUGUGUGUAUGUGUGUG